AUGCUCACGAUGCGUCCUGUUUACCUUCUUGCAGCUUUUCUCGCAGGGGUGCAGGCGUCCUUGACAUUCAAAGGUGUCGAUUGGUCUUCUCUUCUGAUCGAAGAAGCUGCUGGUUACACGUACAAGACCACAGCUGGAAACACCGCACCCCUCGAGACAAUUCUGGUGGCAAGUGGCGUCAAUACUGUCCGACAAAGAUUAUGGGUCAAUCCAUCAAACGGUAACUAUAACUUGGAUUACAAUCUCAGGCUAGCAAGACGUGCGAAAGCUGCUGGUCUGAAUAUUUACCUCGACAUAUUCUUUAGCGACACUUGGGCUGAUCCAGCCAACCAAAAAAUACCUUCGGGAUGGCCAACUGCUGUCGGUGACCUCGCGUGGAAAGCAUACAACUACACUCUUGAUGUGUCAAACGCGUUCGCUUCAGCAGGUAUCCCAUUAUCAAUUAUCUCGAUCGGAAAUGAAAUCACUGGUGGUGUUCUCUUCCCUACCGGUUCAACAUCAUCAUUCUAUAACUUAGCAACUAUACUGCACUCAGCAUCUUCUGGAAUCAAAUAUUCGAAUCUCGCCACGAAGCCCAAGAUCAUGAUCCAUCUGGACAACGGCUGGAAAUGGGAUACCCAACAAUGGUGGUAUCAGAAUGUCUUAGCAGCCGGUCCACUUCUCACCUCCGACUUCGACAUGAUGGGCGUAUCCUACUACCCUUUCUACAACCCAUCAGCCACUCUCGCCAAUCUCAGAAGUACUCUGACAAACAUGGCAUCGAAAUGGAAAAAGUCCAUCGUGGUGGCAGAAACCAACUGGCCGGUCACCUGCACAUCACCACAAUAUGCUUUCCCUUCUGACACUACUUCGAUCCCAAAAAGCGCUGAUGGGCAGAGGACAUGGAUGAAAGAUGUUGCAGCUAUCGUGGCAGGAGUCAGUGGAGGCAGUGGGCUGUUUUAUUGGGAACCAGCGUGGAUCCAGAAUGCUGGCCUUGGGAGCAGCUGUUGGGAUAAUCUGAUGGUGGAUCAAAAUGGAGCGGCGAGGUCGAGCUUGGGGGUGUUUGCUUCCAUCUGA